GAGGGCUACCUUCACGUCGUUCCACUUCCUCGUUCCACAAACUUUUGACGUAAUUGGCACGUCCGAACGAGACGAGACAUUAUUCUGUCCGUUUUAUCAGCGUAUACAUCCGUCAGAUAUUUAAAUUAUUAUAACUAAUCCAUCCAUAUACACACGAGUUGCGUGACUGUAAUCCAACAGUAAUCUUGGAAUAUGUCUGAGAACCGAGGAAAGGAGAACAACGACGAAGAACAACUUCAAGGUGCCGUAGGUGGGGAAGAUGUCAUUGAUGAUCCCAUCCUCGAGCAAGGAGCAAUAGUCCUCAGAGGGUAUGUGAUUGAGCGAAUCAAUACAGAAGACCCCAGUCGACAUGUUACCUCUGAGGAUUUAGGUGGACAAUCAAAUGAACAACAGGAGCCACAAAUCAAAGAAGUUGUGGAACAGCUCAUCAAGAUUGCAGAUGAGUUGAACAAGAAUGCAGAGCUGCAACGACUCAUCAAUCAGGUUCAAGCAAACUGUGCUCAGGAUAUUUUCAUGAAGGUGGCCAGGAGCAUCUUUGCUGAUGGCAUCAACUGGGGUCGAGUUGUGGCUCUCUUCCAUCUAGCAUACAAACUCAUAUACAAGGCCCUGACCACGAAUCAUCUCGAGAAUAUCAGACUCAUAAUCAGCUGGGUUCUCCAGGUUAUCAGAGAGCAACUCUACUACUGGCUUGUCCAGCAGGGAGGCUGGGAAGGUGUUAUCCAAGGAUGGUCUCACUGGCGGACAUUCACCUUAGUGGCAUCGAUGAUUUUAGUGGCAACCAUUGUUUAUUAUAGGCGAACACGCUGACAAAUGGCUGUCACAAUCUCAAAAGCAAUACUUCAGUUAAGAACUAGUCGCUACCAACAUUUUCAUUUGUUCCUACGUAUGUUUGUUUGUUUUUUUUUACAACCAUGAAUGACGGUCAGUUAUAAACCAAAGAAUGGGUUAAGACAGGAUCAUUGAUCAUCGUUAUCCUAAAUAGAAAUGUAUGGAAACUGUCCUGUGGACAUUUAUAUCUUUGUAUUCAUCACCAACUGGUCUUCAUUGUCUUUAGUUUGGAGUUGCUGCUGCACUUCUUCAGCCGGAUGGCCGCAAUGGGUUUCAACACAUUACACAUCUAAUAACUACUGAAUAUGUCACUAGAGUUUUGAAAAUGUUUGAGUGAGUCUCGUUUUUUUUUUUUUAAUUGAGAUGUCAUUUGUAAUUGCUAUUUUCUGCAGAGUAGAUGGUUUUAACUGUAAUAGAUAUGGUAGGCACUGACUCACCAGUUUAAUAUGUUUGUCAUAGAUUGAAGUGUUUUUUUCUGUAUUUUUCUUGAUAAUACUUUAUUGGUAUUAAAUGUGACUCUCCGAUUGUU